AUGUCUGUUGUCCCAAGCUUCUCCAAAAACCCAAGCUAUGCCUCUUUCACUCACGUCGCCCAGCUGUCGAUGUCGUGGUGUCGUCACCUGUCGAAUGAUGUCACCACCCACCUUCCCCGCCGAACCCACAAGCCCAGGCCUAUCCACUCACAAUCGCUCCGAUCAUUGGUCGAGACCUCUCUCCUGUGGACCUUCUUGACCUCUCUCCCUGGGCCCGCAUACUUCGUAGUUACUUCAUACCCCCCAAGCUAUCCGCAUCUAGCCCGUCCCGUCGACCUUCUGGGCCGUCUGGGUUUAGCACAUCAUCCUUUCCAUCAGCUUGAGCUUUCUUCGCCCGCGUAUGCCCGUGAGGGAGUUUUCCGCGACAAGGUCCCGGAGCGAGUCCUCCUCGACUCCCCUGCAUUUUCCUCAGGCCCUCAGGCCCUCAGGCUCUGUGGCUCUGUGGCUCCCACCCGCAGUAGCUGCUCUAGCUCAGGUACAAACAAGGCAAGAAAAGACGGAAUGUCGGAAAUAUCGUCUAGCUCGUCCACGGCUCAACGUCCACAAGUUCCCAUCGUCUACCUUUACACUGUCACUGCCAACCCGACAUUUCCAUUCAAUAACAUGUUCUCGCUGAACGUCGAAAAGGCUGGUGGCCUGGCAUGUAUUCCUGAAGCUCUACAGAAUCGUACCGACAUUUUGCAGUCGUGCCGCCCAAUAACUCCUCUUACCAUCCCUUUACCAAAUGUUAUUAAUACACCGCUGCACCACGAAGUUGAAGCCGCUGGUGUUCGCUUUGCCCAAUUCCAUGCCAGUACAGUACACCAGAUUCCCUUCUACAGUCCCAACCCAGUUCUACGCCAUAUGCUGACCGUCUUCGCCUCCACGCAAUGCAAGCAGCGCCCUCACGUCCGACACAUAUUGGAGACCCUCGAGCAGUGGCACUAG